AUGAGGUCGUUUAAGAUUUCAGUUUUCAUCUUGGUUCUUCACUUUCUGGAAGGGGCCUUAACCAGUUCGCUGGUUAAGUUGAUUAAUAAUGGCUAUGAAGGCAUUGUCAUUGCAAUUGACCCUAAAGUGCCAGAAGAUGAAAAACUCAUUCACCACAUACAGACCAUGGUGAAGCAGGCUUCUCCCUAUCUGUUUGAAGCUACAGAGAGAAGAUUUUACUUCAAAAAUGUUGCCAUUUUGAUCCCUGAAACAUGGAGGAAAAAACCUGAGUAUAUGAGACCAAAACUUGAGACCUAUAAGAAUGCUGAUAUUCUAGUCUCUCAACCUAACAGUCCAAAUAAUGAUGAGCCCUAUACUGAGCAGAUGGGAAACUGUGGCGAAAGGGGUGAAAGGAUUCGUUUAACUGCUGACUUCCUAAAGGGAAAGAAGUUGAAUGAAUAUGGACCACAAGGAAGGGCAUUGGUCCGUGAAUGGGCUCAACUACGAUGGGGAGUGUUCAAUGAGUAUAACAAUGAACAGAAAUUCUACUUAUCCCAAGGAAAAAUCAAACCAGUAGUAUGCCCUGAAGGGAUUACUGGUAGAACUGGAGUGAUGGAGUGCAAGGGGAGCAACUGUAUUGCAAAACAAUGCAAAGUUGACAAACUAACAAGACUGUAUGAGAAAAACUGUGAGUUUAUACCCGAGGAACUCCAGGUGGUGCAGGGUUCCAUUACGUAUUUACAGACUAUUGACUCUGCGGUUCACUUCUGUACACACAAAAACCACAAUAGAUACGCCCCAAACCUGCAAAACCAAAAAUGCAAUCUCCGAAGUGCAUGGGAAGUGAUCCAAGAUUCUGAAGACUUUAAAAGAAGCAAACCUAUGAGAACAAAGCCACCCAAGCCCUCCUUUUCAUUGCUGCAGAGAGGACACAGAACUGUGGUCUUGGUUGUUGAUAAGUCUGGAAGCAUGAACAAUGGUCACCGACUCCAACGAAUGAAUCAAGCAGGCAAACUUUUCCUGUUGCACACCGUUGAAUUAGGGUCCUGGGUUGGGAUUGUGACAUUUGACAGUGCUGCCUAUGUAAGAAGUGAACUCAUAAAGAUAAACAAUUGUAAUGAUAGAAUCAAGCUCACCAGAACCUUACCCAGCGUGGCCUCAGGAAGAACGUCUAUCUGCGCUGGGCUUCGAUCAGCAUUCACUAUGAUUAAGAAGAGGAGCCCAACAGAUGGAGCUGAGAUUGUGCUACUGACUGAUGGGGAGGACAGCACCUUAUCUGAGUGCUUUGAUGAAGUGAAAGCAAGCGGAACCAUCAUCCACACAAUUGCCUUGGAAUACACUGCAGAGAAAGACCUGGAGAAGCUGUCUAAAAUGACAGGAGGUUUACAGACCUAUGCUACAGAUGAGGUUCAAAACAAUGGCCUCAUGGAUGCUUUUGAGGCCUUUUCAUCAAGCAGUGGAGAUUUCUCCCAACAUUCCAUCCAGCUUGAGAGUAAGGGCUUAAUUUUUAAGAAUGCUCAGUGGAUGAAUGGCACGUUGGUUAUAGACAAGACUGUGGGAAAGGAAACUUUGUUUGCUUUCACCUGGACAACAGACGUUCCCCGAAUCCUUCUCUGGGACCCCAGUGGAAAGAUACUAGAAGGAAUUUGGGUGGACAAAAGAACAAAAUCAGCCUUCCUCCAAAUCCCAGGCACUGCCAAGGCCGGCCUUUGGAAAUAUAGUCUACGAGCAAGCUUCCAGACUCUGACUUUGACUGUCACCUCUCGUGCAUCAAGUGUUACUUUGCCUCCACUUACAGUGACAUCUAAAGUGAACAAGGUCACAUGCAAAUACCCAAACCCUAUGGUAGUUUAUGCAAAGGUUUACCAUGGGGACACGCCAAUUCUUAAGGCCAGGGUCACAGCCCUGAUAGAAUCCAAUAGUGGAAAACUAGUUACCUUGGAAUUACUGGACAAUGGAGCAGGUGCUGAUACUACUAAGGAUGAUGGUAUCUACUCAAGAUAUUUUACAGCUUAUGAAGAAAAUGGUAGGUUCAAUGUGAAAGUGAGAGUCAAUGGAGGAAGAAACACAGUCAAACAAAACAAAAUACACCUGCAGAAUAGAGGCAUGUACCCACCCGGGCAGAUUAAGAAUGGCAAAAUAAGAUGGAAUCCACGGAGACCUGCAAUUAACAAUGUUGAUCAGCGACCCAUAGAAGUAUGUUUCAGCAGAGUAAGCAAUGGAGGCUCAUUUGUGAUCUCCAACGUCCCAAAGCGUCCCUUAGGUGAUGUCUUCCCACCUUCUAAAAUUAUUGACCUGGAAGCGAAACUCCAAGCGAACGGUUUCAUUAGAUUGACUUGGACGGCUCCUGGGGAUGAUUAUGAUAAUGGAAAAGUUUCCAAGUAUAUCAUUGGAAUAUGUGCAAAUAUUGAUGUGCUCAGAAAUGAGUUCAAUGACGCAUAUCAUGUGGAUACUACUCGCCUCAUCCCAAAGGAAGCCAACUCCAAGGAAGUCUUUAUGUUUAAACCAAAAAAGCUGCCUCAAAGUGACAUGGAGUUCUUCAUUGCUAUUCAGGCUGUUGAUGAUGUCAACCUGAAGUCAGCAAUAUCCAACAUUGCACGAGUGUCUCUCUUUGCUCCCCAUCAAAGUGUAACAGCAGAGACAUAUUCUCUCCCUAUUCCUGAUACUCACAUCAACAGCACCAUUCCUGGCAUUCACAUUUUAAAGGUUAUGUGGAAGUGGUUAGGAAAAUUACAGCCAUCAGUAUCCUUAGGAUGAGAUAAAUAAAUCAGUCAUCCUUUUUUUGGAUUAUAAGAUUUUCUAAAAUAUAUUUUAGACUUCUUAUAGGGGACAAUGUAAUGAAAUAAAAUGCUGAAC